GAGAAGAUUCGUGUUCCGUGACUGAAUUCAGUAGUCACCGCAGAAAAUCCAAUAUGGUGUCCGUUGUUCAGCGGUUUACCUCGAAUGUCCGUAUCUCGGGAUAGAAUCGUCGCACGGCGACCGCGUGGUUAGCGACAAUUAUGAAAAUUCGAUUGAAGGCACCACGCCGCACGUGAGAACUCUCAUGCCACUGCGUCCCACGCGCGAUCGACGGCCGUGAAGGGAUCCGGAGGACGCCUCGAGGACGAGUGCGGGGCCGAGAGCCAGCCCCUCCGUUUGUCCUCUUCCUCGGCGCGCGCGGAAAGAAAGACAAUUUCGAGGAAGAUAAAGGAAGAGUGGCGAAAUAUCAAAGGGGAAAAGAAAAAAAAAGAUGAACACCGAUAAGAUGGAGGGUGGCACGGGAGUGAAUAAUCCGGAGGAGCAGUCGGCUAGCAAAAUCAAGGCGAUGAAACGGGACUCGAUAGCAGACGUCACGACUCUAGACAUAAAGUCACGUCUCAGUCUGGAGACGGCGACGACUACUAUGACGGAGGCUUGCGAAGGCAGCGAGCCGCCGCAUGUCAACGGAGUGGUCCAGGUGAACGGUAUCUGCGACUCCCCGCAAAGAACUGCCGCCGUCAACGAUCUCUCCCUUCAAUCUAAAACAAUGGAAACUAGUCAUUUAAACCAACAUGAACAAGCAACGGGAACGUUAUCCAUGGAAAGUAAAGACAACGAUAUCCGAUACGUUAGCUAUACAAGUGAAUUACAAAUGCCUGAUAUUAUGAAAUUAAUACAGAAGGACCUAAGUGAGCCGUAUUCUAUUUACACGUAUAGAUAUUUUAUUCAUAACUGGCCGAAAUUGUGCUUCCUGGCGAUGCAUGGUGAGGAGUGCGUUGGUGCCAUCGUCUGCAAGCUGGAUAUCCAUAGAAAGGUGAUAAAGCGCGGCUACAUCGCAAUGCUGGCCGUUGAUGUAAAGUACCGAAAGCGGAAGAUUGGGUCGAAUUUGGUGAGGCAGGCUAUUCAAGCGAUGGUUGAAGAUGACGCGGACGAGGUGGUAUUGGAAACGGAGAUCACCAACAGGCCGGCGCUACGCCUAUACGAGAAUCUUGGAUUUGUGCGGGAUAAACGAUUAUUUCGAUAUUACUUAAACGGCGUGGACGCGUUGCGACUGAAAUUAUGGCUCAGGUGAAAUUCAUCUGUGUGCUUAUGUCAAUAGGUAUAUUUAAAUAAUUGCAAUGUUGAAGAGAGAUGUAACAUCUAUGCUCUACGUACAAUCAGGCAAAAACGAACCGACAUUAAUGUCAAAGAGAGUAUGUGUCUUUAUGUGCACGAAGCUACGUGUUUUUCUGAUUGCAAUAUGAAAUUUCCUUUCUAGAAAGAAUUGAUUUUAGUUAGGUCAUCUGUGACUAAAAUAUGAUGGAUAAACUCUAUAUUGUGACAAGAUUUUUUUCUGCUUUUCUUGAAAAUCAUUUUAACAAAUCUAUUUUUUCCAUACUGUGUGAGAUAAAUGAAAUAUCUCUAACAGCCUAUUAUGAUGGUACACCUUUCGAGGGUGAAACGCAUAUGUACAGAGAGUAAUUUGUUAAUAGUGCCUAACUGUUGCCUGACUAGUUAGUUAUUUUGUUAUGAAUUUGCUGCAAUUCCUUUGAUAUUAAUGUCAGCAGUUGAGAUAGAUUUCAAUUGCAGCUUGAAGAUGUAAAAGUAACGAGUGAUAAAGAAGAAACAAAAUCGAGACUGUGAGAAGUACUGAGGAAAAACAAUGUCUAUAUCUUGCCGGGGCUCACAUUGAUAAAAUGCGCAUUUUGUUGAAGUGUGUACAAGCUUCCGAAGAUUAAUUCGAAAGAAGUUCAUAAGUUACAAUUACUUACACUGACUUACUGCAUGGAGAUUUGUUCUAAGACUAAACAUAUACAAGGAUCAUAUAUUUUGCCACAAACGGGUAUAAUUAAUUAUAUAUACAGCGUUAAUUUUAAUGGCUGUUCCAUGGCUUUUACCAUGAGAGAUGGGAUUAUCGACUGCAAUACAAAGUUUGGACAGCCAUUAAAAUUCACCCUGUAUAUACAUAUAUAUAUAUAUAUAUAUAUAGUAUAUACGAUAUAUAUUUUAAUUAUACCUUGAAUUACAAAUUUUUAAGACUUGUGAAAAGCAAUCAAAAAAGUUCAUACGAUUUAUUUGGCCUUGUCAAGACUAGUUUCGUAAUUUAUUUAUUUAUUUUUUUCAGAAACGGAGUUUGAAUACUAAUUUUAUUACUUGAUUUAUUAGAUGAUGAGAGAUUCGAUUUAUAAAUAUUGAGGUAUAAUCUUUAAUCAAGAGAAAAAAGCGAUUUGGCUACAGUAAGUUGUAAAGUAAUGUUUGAGAUGUAAUCAAUAAAAGGCCGUGAGAUAUUUGUAUAAAUUUUGUUUAUUGUCAUUUAAUGUUUCUAAUGGAUGCCAUUAGUUUAUUUUAAUUAGUUGUUCAACAUAACGAUUAUAAAGAAUUACAUUCAAUAACGUUCUGUAAAAAUUAUACAUUAUAUGACAAAUUGUUGUAUAAUAUUGCGUCGAGCGUACAAUUUUGUCAGUGUGAACGGCAAAAAUGAAAAAAAUGAUGAAGAAAGAUGAAAAGAAACAAAGGCCAACGGACGACGGCGAAACAUUAGGAAAAGUAUUUCCGUUUAAAAUUGUAAAGUGAUACACGGAAAUAUAUUGAUAUAUAUAUAAAUAUAUAUGAACAAAAUACAGAUAUGGACAAAAAAACAAAAAAAUUAUUGUUUACGAAAUUGAGAUGUUGCGCGAGGAAGUGUGCCUCACGCGGUUAACGCAGUUGAGGGAUGAUGUGCGCAUUACUGUCUACCUAUAAUAUCUAUCUUUGUAUAAAAUAAAUGCGAAGCACAGAUCAUAAUGUAACUAUUAAAAAAAA